AUGGCAUCACUCGGAGCCAUGGCAUGGCCCAGUGCCCUCCCUGCCUGGUCCAAUCUCAAUGUGAUUCAUAAUAACACCUUGCCGCCGCGGGCACACUUCUACCUGUAUUCCAACGAGGACACUGCCCUCACAUUCGACCGCGAGCAGAGCCUUUUCCACAGCCUCAACGGAACCUGGAAGUUCCACUACGAUGCCUCGCCCUUCGUGGCCCCGGCCUGGGACGCCGACGUCCAGGACUGGGAUGACAUUAUCGUCCCGGGCGUCUGGCAGCUGCAAGGAUACGGCCGCCCUCACUACACCAACAUCGACUACCCCUUUCCCGUCACUCCGCCGAACAUCUCGUACGUGAACCCCACGGGCUCGUACUGGCGGGAGUUUGAGGUCCCCGCCGACUGGGACGGACAGCAGAUCCGUCUGCGCUAUGAGGGUGUGGACAGCGCGUUUCAUGUAUGGGUCAAUGGCGAGGAGGUCGGCUACAGCCAGGGUAGCCGGAACCCCAGCGAGUUCGAUAUAUCCGAUUACCUUGUGUCUGGAGAGAAGAAUACGCUGGCGACUCGUGUCUACCAGUGGUCUGAUGGCUCCUACAUUGAGGACCAGGAUCAGUGGUGGCUUUCGGGUAUAUUCAGGGACGUUUACCUUGUUCCGUUUCCUCGGUCUGCGAUCACGGAUUUUGAUGUCGUGCCCGAUGUGGCGGACGACUUCAAGAGCGGCACGCUCAAGGUCAAUGUCACGGUCCAGGGAGAGGGUGGUGACAUGAAAAUCAAGCUUCUAUCCCCCAAGGGUGACCUGCUCGACACAUGGUCUGGGCCUGCAACCAAGGUAUACUCUCAGAAGGUCCAAGGCGACGACUUCCAGCUCUGGUCCGCCGAGACGCCAAACCUGUACACCGUCCUGAUUGAAUUCAACGGCCGCACCAUCAGCCAGAAGGUCGGCUUCCGCCGCAUCGAAAUGAGCGGCUCCAACUUCCUCGUCAACGGGAAACCGAUCACCCUCUACGGCGUCAACCGCCACGAACACAACCACCUCUCCGGCCGGACAGUCCCCUACGAGGCGAUGCAGGCGGACCUGAUGCGGAUGAAGCGCUCCAAUAUCAACGCCAUCCGCGCUGCGCAUCAGCCCCAUCAUCCAUCAUUCUAUGAUGUCGCCGAUGAGCUGGGAUUCUACGUCAUUGCUGAGGCGGAUCUCGAGUGCCAUGGGUUUAUUAAUAUCGAGGACACCGAGGAGCAGGCUGCGUCGUGGACGUCGGACAACCCCGAGUGGACCGAGGCGUAUCUGGACCGCGCGAAGCAGCUGGUCGAACGGUAUAAGAAUCAUGCGUCGAUCAUCAUCUGGUCACUCGGGAAUGAAUGCUUCUAUGGGCAGAACCAGGCGGCCAUGUCCAAGUGGAUCAAAGAAAGGGAUCCCUCGCGUAUCGUUCACUACGAACAGGACCGGAAGGCUGAGAGCGCGGACAUCUACAGUCAGAUGUAUUCUUCGCCGGAUGACAUGCGGGAGCACAUGCGGAACCAUACGGACAAGCCGUUGAUUUUGUGCGAGUUCGCACACGCAAUGGGCAACGGACCCGGCGGACUCAAGGAGUACAUCGAAUUGUUUCGGUCCGAACCACUCUCCCAGGGCGGACUCGUCUGGGAAUGGAGCAACCACGGCCUGCUCAAGAAGGAAGGCGACCUCGAAUACUACGCGUACGGUGGCGACUUUGGCGACGAGCCGAACGACGCGGAUUUCGUGAUGGACGGUCUGACCCUCUCAGACCACAGCCCUACCCCCGGUCUACUGGAGUACGCCAAGGUAAUCCAGCCCAUCUCCGUCCGCCUGGCCGAAGACUCGACCAAGAUGAUCGUCGCCAACCACUACGAUUUCGUCGACCUCGGCGGGCUCGAUGCGUCCUGGCACAUUGUGCAGGAUGGCGAGACCACGGAGCCGAAGAACCUGACGCUGCCUCACGUUCCUGCCGGUGAAAACCGGACGGUGGAUUUGCCAGUGGACAAGAGCGAGCUCUCGCACGAGGUGUGGCUCACAGUCGAGUUCCGGCUCAGGGAAGAUAAGCCGUGGGCGGACAAGGGCCACGUCGUCGCCUGGGACCAGAUGCAUCUCCCCGGUCGUUCUUCUGCGAAGCGCUCCGCGGAUAUCAUGAACCACAGACAGGCAGGGCUUGACGUACAGCAGAACGGAGCCAACCUCACCGUCCGCGGCGGUGAAUCAACCUUUGGCUUCGACCUGCUGCAGGGGAACGUCACCUGGGAAGCCAACGGCGUCAACCUCUUCCAGCGCGGACCAGAGCUAUACUUCUACCGCGCCAUGACGCAGAACGACGAGGCCAGCGCCGGGAACAUGGCCGAGUGGGAGGAGACGCGGGUCGGCAUGAUGGAAACGCAGGUGCGCGACGUCACCUGGGACACGAGCGAUGGCGACCUCGUCGUCCACUACAGGGUCCGCGUUGCGCCCAAGGUGCUCGAGUGGGGCGUCGAGGCCGACCUCGUCUACACCGUUUCCGCGCAGGACUCUGCGCUCCGUGUCCGGGCGCGCGGGGAGUUCGUCGGCAAGAAUACGCCGUCUGUGGUGCCGCGGAUCGGGCUGAUGGCCGUGCUGCCGGAGGCGUUCGACUCGGUGCGCUGGUUUGGGCGUGGACCGGGCGAGAACUACAAGGACUCGAAGCAGGCGUGUCGCGUGGGGACAUACGACGCGACGGUCGAGGAGCUCUUCACGCACUAUGAUUAUCCGCAGGAGAAUGGCAACAGGGAGGAUUUGCGGUGGUUGCAGGUGUCUAAUGGGGCUACGACGCUGGAUGUGCGCCGGGGAGAAGACGACGUGGCGUUUAGUUUCACGGCGGGACGGUACAUGCCGUUCGAUCUGAAUGAUGCGAAGCAUCCGUAUGAACUUAAGCCGCUGGAUAUGACGGUGCUCCAUUUGGACUAUGAUAACCACGGGUUGGGGUCGGCGACGGUUGGACCGUUGCCGUUUGAGCAGUACCGGUGCAAGACUGAGCCGUUUGAUUUUACGUUUGAGCUGAGUCUUGCCUAG